AUGGCGAACAUUCCGAUCACAUCGAAGAAGUCGACAAAGUUAUAUAUUCCCCAUCCUCAUGAGGAGACCGGCUCCAUAGCAGGCGUGCUGGAGCAGCUCUCUCCCGGAGAGUCCACGCACGGGCGGAGGAUUGCUCUGAUCAUGCACGGUACCAUGGGACAUAAAGACUAUCUCUUUCAGAAGCGGCUUGCGCUCCGGUUCCCUGUAGAUUCGUUCCGCUUCGACUUCCGGGCCAAUUUUGAAUCACCAGGGACAUUUUCGUUUGGCAAAAUCGAGCUUGAAGUAAUCGACCUCCACGUCGUCGCGGAUUACCUGAUGAAGCAAUACGGAUACGUCAUUGAUCUGCUCGUAGGACAUUCGAAGGGUAGCGUCGUUGCUAUGCUAUGGCUAUGCACGUACCCGAAGUCGGAGACCGGAAGCGUGAGGGGCUACGUGAACGUCAGUGGGCGAUAUAGGGUGGAGAAAAUGUAUGACCAAAUGCGUAAGCCGGAGAAUCAGCAACAGCUUGCAGCGCAGGGAUUUUAUGAGCUUAAAGCAACCGUUGCUCGCAAGCCAGUCGUCCACAGAAUCACCGAACAGGACCAUCACGAAUUUGCCGGCAUCGACACGACGAUUGUAUGGAAUCGCUUCCCUAAGGAAAUUCACGUCCUUACCAUGCAUGGUCUGAGGGACACCGUAGUCCCACCAUAUGAUGCCAUUAUCUACGCGGAGGCAUAUUCUUCUCGGACAGAAGGCACGCACAACUUAUACAUCGUAGACGAGGCAGACCAUAACUUCACCGGGAUGGCUGACCAUGUGGCUGCGACGAUUCUCCAAUGGGUUAGUCUGCUCGACCGGAACGAGCUCAAGACUGGGAUCUGGCCGUCAGGGUUGAAACCGAAACUAUGA